AUGAAGAAACAGUACCCCCAGGUCUUCACAGGACUGGGCUGCCUCACAGGGGAGUACAAAAUCAAAUUGAAGGACGAUGUCAAGCCCUAUGCACUGUCACUGCCACGGCAUGUACCUCUGCCACUGCAUGACAAGGUCAAAGAGGAGCUCCAAAGAAUGGAGAAAAUGGGUGCGAUCGUGCCCAUAGAGGAGCCUACAGACUGGUGUGCGGGCAUGGUCAUGGCACCAAAGCCCAACGGAAAUAUCAGAAUCUGCUCCGACAUGACACAUCUGAAUGAGUACAUUUACAGAGAGAGACACAUCUUGCCAGCUGUCGACGAAACCCUGGCUAAGUUGGCUGGGGCAACCGUCUUUUCGAAGCUGGAUGCUACAGCUGGAUUCUGGCAGGUACCCCUGCAUCCACAAUCAGUCCCACUGACUACAUUCAUCACGCCUUUCGGGAGAUACUGCUACAAGAGACUGCCUUUCGGCAUUUCGUCAGCACCCGAGCACUUUCAAAAAUGGCUGACACCGAUGGUGACGGGGUUAGAAGGGACGGUAUGCCAUGCUGAUGACAUCCUUGUCUUUGGGUCAACACGAGAACAACAUGACCAGAGGCUGCACAGGGUGUUGGUGUGGCUCCUGGAAGAGGGGCUGACACUGAACAAGUGUCAGUUUGCAGUCAACAAGGUAAUGUUCCUGGGCCACAUCAUCAGCACGGGGGGCAUAGAAGCGGAUCCAGGCAAGAUCAAAGCCAUCACAGCGAUGCCCACGGCUAAAGACGCUGCGGACGUGAAAAGGUUUGUGGGCAUGGUCAACUACGUGGGCAAGUUCUCUCCACGUAUAGCAGAACUCACACAGCCACUGAGAGACCUGCUAAAAACAGACAAAGACUGGGUGUGGGGCAGUGCAGAGCAGAGAGCAUUCGACGAGCUGCGUAAGGAACUCAGCUCACCAACAGUACUGGCCCAGUACUGUCUACACCGAGAGACAAUAGCAGCAGAUGCUUCAUCCUUUGGGCUAGGUGGAGUGUUGUCUCAGAAGCAGCAGUCUGGAGUCAGCAGUCCAAUAGCCUUCAUAUCACGCAGCAUGACAGACACGGAGCGUAGGUACGCUCAGAUAGAGAAGGAAGCGCUGGCGCUGACCUGGGCGUGUGAGCGCUUUCAGUCUUACCUCAUAGAGAAGGACUUUUUGAUACAAACUGAUCACAAACCUCUGAUUUCCCUGCUGGGCAGUAGGGCAUUGGAUGACUUACCACCCCGCAUCCUGAGAUUCAGGCUGCGGCUGCUUUGUUUGAUGUACAAGAUUGAACACGUGCCUGGAAAGAAAUUGGUCACAGUGGACACACUCUCCAGAGCACCAAUCCAAGCGCUGCCUACACCGGAGGACAAGCAGCUGGAAGAGGAUGUGUGUGUCUCCAUCAACAUCAUCAUGGAGCACCUGCCAGCAUCAGAACAGAGGUUAGUGCAGAUCAGAGCAGCACAAGAAGCAGAUGAUGUGUGCAAAAGACUAAAAUGCAUGGUGCAAACAGGUUGGCCCCUGAACACAAAAGCUCUUCCACCACAACUGCAGCUGUACUGGCAGUAUCAACAAGACCUGCUGGUGGCAGACGGACUGCUGAUGAAAGGCCAACGAAUCGUCAUCCCCACCACACUGCAAGAGCAAAUGCUGGACAAAAUACACGAAGGUCACCAAGGUAUGACAAAGUGUGUGGCCAGAGCGCAGCAAUCAAUGUGGUGGCCAGGUCUGUCUAAACAGAUCAAGGGGAAGGUGGAAAACUGUGCAACCUGUGCAUGGGAGGCCCACAAUGCACCAGAGCCACUGCUGGCAACUCAGCUGCCAGAAAGACCAUGGCAGCGUGUGGCAGUGGAUCUCUUUCAGUGGGAAAAUGCAAUGUAUCUUCUGUGCAUCGACUACUACUCACGCUACAUUGAAGUGGCAAACCUCACCUCCACCACCACAGCUCACGUGACAGGAAAUCUGAAGGCGAUCUUUGCCUGUCACGGAGUCCCAGAGACAGACAACGUCACAGACAACGGCCCUCAGUUCUCUGCAGCGGAGUUUGCAGCCUUCGCCAGAGAGUACGACUUCACACACAUGACCAGCAGUCCCCGUUACCCUCAAAGUAAUGGAGAGGCUGAGAUGGCGGUGAGGACAGUAAAAUCUCUCCUGAAGAAGGAGGAAGAUCCCCACAAGGCACUCAUGGCCUCAGGCCUACAGGGCCACUCCCUUGGCACAAGGCUCAUCCCCUGCACAGCUGCUGAUGGGCCGCAACAUCAGGACACCCCUGCCGGUCAGUGA